AUGGCAGGCGCCUGCCGCAUCGCUCACAUGACCAACGCCCUCCCAGGCCGGACGUGGCCUCGUCACGUCGGCAGGAGCACGGAGACGGGGACGCCGCCCUGCCGGUUCUGGGCGCCGUGCGCUGCCUGGUGCACCCUCUGGCCCUCACGCCGCCGGGCACGCCCGCGCCUCGGGCCGCCGGCCGCUGGGCAGGCCAGCCCAUGCCGGGCCCACCCUCUCCUGCUGCACCCAGGGGCCCUGGCAGGCGACGGCGCCCCGCGGCUGGCCGCCCCAGUGCUGCUGCUGCUGCUGCUGCUGCUGCGGCUGCUGCUGCCACGGCGCGUCGCCGUGCGACAG